CUGUCUGUCCCUCUCUCUCUCUCACCCUAUCUCCAGAGUAAACUUGAUUCAUGAAGCCGCCUUAUACGACCUCCGUCUUGCGCCGUUCAUGGCUUGCCGACUGAGUCGACUCGGGGUCUUGUAAAUUUCCUUUCGCUUCAUUGAACGAAGUUCGUAAUCGAGUACAAUUUUGUCGUUUUCUCAGUAGCUUCCUCAUCAUUUUCCAGCGAAACAAUCACGAUCAAGAAUUCAGACUCUGUUUGCAGUGAAUUGGCGUUUUGUGCAAGUACUUGACUCAAUCCAGCUGCAGCUUGUCUUUAUACGAGUAGCUGUUCUGAUUCUUUUGGUUUUUGUAUCUUGGAGCCUUGGAGCUGAAGAAGAAAACCUGAAGAAGAGCGUGAAGUUCUGGUUGAUUGGGAUUUGAAGUGAACAGAGUAUGGCGGAGAUGGAAAAUUCAUCGCCAAUGGCGAUUUCUACAGCUUCCGGAGAAGCCAGCGCCUCUUCCUCCGGUAAUCAGAUUCAAGGAGCGCCGCCCAAGAAAAAGAGAAAUCUCCCUGGAAUGCCAGAUCCAGAUGCUGAAGUUAUAGCUCUAUCUCCGAAAACCCUACUAGCCACAAAUCGGUUCGUGUGCGAGAUCUGUAACAAAGGCUUUCAACGCGAUCAGAACCUGCAGCUGCACCGUCGCGGCCACAACUUGCCGUGGAAGCUCCGGCAAAGAACGAGCAAAGAAAUCCGGAAACGAGUCUACGUUUGCCCGGAGCCGACCUGCGUGCACCACAAUCCCACCCGUGCCCUUGGCGAUCUCACUGGCAUCAAGAAACACUUCUGCAGAAAGCACGGAGAAAAGAAGUGGAAAUGUGAGCGAUGCUCGAAGAAAUACGCCGUGCAGUCGGAUUGGAAGGCCCACAUGAAGACCUGCGGCACCAGAGAGUAUAAGUGCGAUUGUGGCACCAUUUUUUCGAGGAGGGAUAGUUUUGUAACGCACCGGGCAUUCUGUGAUGCCUUAGCGGAGGAGAGCUCCAGGGCCCAAGCAUUACCAAUCAAGAGUAAUACUGCAGCUAAUCAAGGAAAUGCAGAUACAAAUGUGAAAAAUGCAAUUACCACCACAGCAUCGUCACCACCGCCGCCUCUCACGCCCUCUUCUAGUGUACUCUCAUCGGGUCUGUCAAUCCAAAGCUCAGAUAAUCCGGUGGUAGUCUCGUCUGCAGCCGGGGCCACGACCUCCCCUACUUCAAGCAGUAGUGUCUUUGCUAGCAUUUUUGCGGGAAACCCACAACCAUCAUCCAAAAUGCCACCGCCAUCUCAAUCCUCUAUUCUUCAAUCUGCAUCUGGCUUAGAGCGUACUUCCCUGUCUCUGUCAUCACCGCUCUACCUCUCCAGCAAUGGCUCCUCGCUGUUCCCUGCGCCUGAUAAUGACCACUACCAGUAUGCCCAUCCACAACCAGCCAUGUCCGCCACUGCAUUGCUGCAAAAAGCUGCCCAAAUGGGUGCGGCAGCGUCAAACCCAUCGCUACUUCGAGGGCUAGGAUUGACCGUAUCAUCUGCUUCCGCCACCUGUCUAGACACCACCGUGAAAAUGGAGAACGAUUCAAUGGUAGAUUGUCUCGGGCUGGGGCUACCAUCAAUUGGAAGUUCUGGCACCUUUACUGAUUUCAUGAUGGGCUCAUCCUCACUGUUUGUAAACAAACCGACUACCCUUGAUCUUCUUGGCCUCGGCGUUGGUGCUGGCGAUGCUUCAACAACCGGACUCUCUGCCCUUCUCAACUCUUUUGGAGGAGGUGGGUUGGCCACAACACCAUAUGGUAUGGCAGAGGAAAGCCCGGCCGACGGAGAAACAUGGGAUGCAGAAGUUAGGAAGCACAAUGGACCUGCAGUGCUGUAGUCGAGCUUCUCCCAGGUCCCAGCUGGUAAAAAGAAAAAACAGGAAACUCCCAUAGGAACCUUGUUUUCGGUAUCCUUUUUGUCGAUCUUCAACAUAAUGAAGUUAGAAAUCAGAGAAGUAAUGUUAGAGGAAGACAUCAAAUUCUGCGUUUCUUUUGUUAGUACUGCAUUUGUUCAGAUUGGGGUUCUUUCUCUUCCCUUUGAGGUAAAAUUCUUAAUUCGAAUUCCCGGGGGCGCAUGAAAAGGGUUUGUAGUAGUUGUAGUAGUUGUAAAUGUACUCUGUAGUAACUAGCAAAUGCGGCACAAAAUAAGAGGUAUUUAUUCAGUUUUCUGGUCGUCCGCAUGCCCCUAUUUAAUUCUUCUUCUUCUUCUUCUUCUUCCUAGCCAUGUAAACCUUUGUAAACAGUUUAAGUUGCCAAAGACAUGGUUUCCUCAAUGGAGUAUGGAGUGUGUCAACAAAGUUUGGUCUAGUUAAGUGGAAGCUAAUUUAAUUGUUUGAAUUUCUUUAUCUUGGAUGAUAAAUUCCAAAUGAAUGU